CGCCCGGUCACGUGGUAGGGAAGAUGGCGGCCCCCAGAGGGUGCCGCGAGCGUCGCGGUUGGUGAAACGCUGGUGGCGGCGGUGGGAGCGGUUGGCUCGGCGGCCUCGUCUUCCCGGAGCUCGUCUGGGCGUUUUGGCGGCAGGGAGCACGGUUCUUGUGCCCGGGAGCCCCAGUCUCAGCGCAGGCGGGGCUGCGGAAGGCCUGGGCCGCUCGGCAGGAGGAAGCCAGAGGCACCAUGGUGACAGACAAGGAGGUGGAGGCCAUCGGGCAGACGCUGGUGGACCCCCAGCAGCCCCUGCAGGCCCGCUUCCGGGCGCUCUUCACUCUGCGCGGGCUCGGUGGGCCCAGAGCCAUCACCUGGAUCAGCCGGGCCUUCGGCGACGACUCCGCCCUGCUCAAGCACGAGCUGGCGUACUGCCUGGGCCAGAUGCAGGACUCCCGGGCCAUCCCCGUGCUGCUCGACGUGCUGCGUGACACCCGCCAGGAGCCCAUGGUGCGCCACGAGGCAGGCGAGGCCCUGGGGGCCAUCGGGAACCCGGAUGUUCUGGAGGUCCUAAAGCAGUACUCCACCGACCCAGUCAUCGAGGUGGCCGAGACGUGCCAGCUGGCGGUCCAGCGGCUGGAGUGGCUGCAGCAGCACAGCGGAGAGCCGGCGGUGGCGGGGCCCUACCUGUCCGUGGACCCCGCUCCUCCAGCCGAAGAGCGCGACGUGGGGCGGCUGCGGGAGGUCCUGCUGGACGAAGCCCGGCCGCUCUUUGACCGCUACCGAGCCAUGUUCGCCCUGCGAGAUGCCGGCGGCGAAGAGGCCGCCCUGGCGCUGGCCGAGGGCCUGCGCUCUGGCAGCGCCCUCUUCCGCCACGAGAUCGGCUACGUCCUGGGCCAGCUGCAGCACGAGGCGGCCGUGCCCCAGCUGACAGCGACCCUGGCCCGGCAGGCUGAGAGCCCUAUGGUGCGGCACGAGUGCGCUGAGGCGCUGGGAGCCAUCGCCCGGCCCGCCUGCCUGGCCGCCCUGCGGGCCUAUUCGGCAGACCCUGAGCGCGUGGUGCGAGAGAGCUGCGAGGUGGCCCUGGACAUGUACGAGUAUGAGACCGGGUCGGCCUUCCAGUACGCCGAUGGGCUGGAGCAGCUGCGCUCGCCCCCCUCCUAGAGCCGCCUGCCCGCCCGCCUACCUACCUCCCUGCAGGACUCAGCACGUGGGCUCCAUAUAAACCAGGCUUGUGCGAAUCGGGUCUGGUUUCCCCGUCCCCCAGGGGCUGUCUGCUUGGCCCAAUCUGGCUGCUUUUGCAUCCUGACUGCCCCAGGGCCAGGCUGAGGUGUCCUGUGUCCCCCACUGGGGCCCUGGCACAGGGCUGCAGCACCUGGGUUUCCAGUCACAGGGGUGGGAUGUUGGUGUGGGAGCGGGGGUCUGAGGGUGCGGGACAGGGCUAUGCUCAGGGGAGUUGGGGUUGCCUUGGCCCAGCCUCUCGAGGAACCAGGGUGCCUGGAAAGGCACUGUGGGCAAACCCAGACCCCUUGGGCCUGGGCGAGGGCUCAGCCUUCCAUGGGCUGCCCCUGGGGCCUCUGCCUCCCCAGCCCAGGACUAGGCAGGGUGGGAAGGUUGUUAGGGGCUCAGGGGCCGGGGAGGGAAAGCAGACGCUAGGGUCCAAAUGGACUAUUAAAUUAUUUUUGCCAGGCCAUGACUCUCAGAGUAUGUCGGGGGCUCUGUAGGCCUGCUCCAAGGAACAUCUCACGGGGAGGGGGCCGGGGUGUUUGAAGAGCUCCGGGCCAUGUCCUGCUUUCAUCUCCAGCCGGCCCGCUCCCAGGGGCUUGGGGGAAAUGGCCCUCCAGCCUGGCCUUCCCCACACCCUCAUUCUCGCCCAGCCCCUCUUGGGGUUUAGUAGUAUGGCUAAGAGCCCAGCCUGUGGGUUCCCGUCCCAGCUACCUGCUUCAUUCUCCAUGUGCAACCUUGAACACCCUGUUUUAUGGCCAUACAAUGGGCGUCACCAUAGAACCUAAGCUCAUGUGGGUCCCACCUGCUUCUGUGUGCCAGCCAACAACAUCCCUGACGGGUCACACGAGGGCAUAAAUGCCUAGAGCGGGGGUCCUUGCGCGCUGUGACCGUGAGCUGGUUCUGCCACGCUGAUGCCUUCUGCCCCCAGCCCUUCUGACAGGCGUGCGGCGUCCCCACCCCAAGCAAGUCAUCUCUGUGGGUGUCCUACAACUCGAUUCAGCUCUAACGCUCACCGCCCAAAUUCACGCAGGCCCCCCGGGUCCCCUCCGCACGAUGGUUUGCUUGCACAGCUCACAGAGCUCAGGAAAGCACUUGGCUUGCCCGUGUCUUGUAUAGGAUGCCACGAGCAGCCAGACGAGGGGCCCCGGGUGCUGGAGCUUCUUCCCGCGCAGUCUGGGGCACGACCCCCCUCUGCCACGUGGGUGCAUUCACAUGCCCCGCAGCUUUCUGAGCCCCUCGAUUGGGGAUUUUGUGGAGGCUCCGUGUGUAGUCGAGGCUGAUUGAAUCAGUGGCCAUUGGUGAUUCCCUCCCCCCCCCCCCCCCC